AGUGCUGUAUCAGGAAAUGGACUGGGACCAGUUUGACUUGAAUCCUAAAGUAAUUGCUGCCCUUAAAAAAGCUGACAUAAAAUCAAUAAAAGAGAUUUUAAAUCUUUCUGGAGCAGACUUGCAAAGACUGAUGAAACUAUCCAGUGCAGACAUACAGUGCUUGCUGAAAACAGUGUCUCUCACACUGAGGAGAAAUAGCAUGCUUACAGCACUUCAGCUCUACCAAGAUAAAGAUCAUCUCACCUCCCAACACCAGAAACUAAGCCUUGGAUGUUCAGUACUAGAUAAUUUGUUAAAAGGUGGCAUUCCUUUAGUGGGAAUCACAGAACUUGCCGGGGAAAGUUCUGCUGGGAAGACUCAGAUCAGUUUACAGCUGUGCCUUUGUGUGCAAUAUCCUUACAAAUAUGGUGGACUGGACUCUGGAGCUGUCUACAUUUGUACAGAAGAUGUAUUCCCAAGUAAACGUUUGCAACAACUCAUAGAUCAACAACAUAAGCUGCGUGCAGAUGUUCCAGCUGAAAUCAUACAGAAGAUCAAAUUUGGAAACAGUAUUUUUGUUGAGCAUGCAGCAGACCUAGAUGCCUUUCACAACUGCAUUACUAAAAGGAUUUCCUUACUGCUCACAAGAGGCAUGGUGCGGUUGGUGGUCAUAGACUCUAUUGCUGCUUUGUUUCGGUGCGAAUUUGGAGCUUCAGAUUCUGUUAUGAAGGCUCAGUAUUUGCAGACAUUUGGAGCACAGCUUCACAGUUUAAGCACUAGAUUCAGGACUCCAAUAAUGUGCAUUAAUCAGGUGACUGAUGCAGUGAGUGAGUCAGAAGCUGCUCAGUGCUGUUGUAGUGCAGUGGAUAACAGAGUCUCUCCAGCACUUGGAAUAACCUGGGCAAAUCAACUGCUAAUGAGAUUGAUGGUCAGCCGAAUAUCACCACCUGAACAAUCAUCCGGAGUUGCAUCACACCACACUGGAAGUGUGAGGACUUUAAGAGUAGUUUUUGCUCCUCAUCUCCCUCAAUCCUUUUGCUACUAUACAGUAAAAUUGGAAGGUGUAAAAGGAAUAAGAUAA